UGAAUCUUCAAGGUCUUCUCUUCUCCAACAACAAUGGGGUUUAGUUGUUUUAGCCAAAGAUUCGUUCUAGUUUCCCUGUUGCUUGCCGUGGCCGGUGGUGUAUUGGUGGAAGGCCAGGGCACCAGGGUUGGGUUCUACUCGGCUUCAUGUCCUCGAGUCGAGUCCAUCGUGAGGUCCGCGGUUCAAUCCCAUUUCAGGUCUGAUUCAACCGUGGCUCCCGGUUUGCUCCGCAUGCACUUCCAUGACUGCUUCGUCAAUGGAUGCGAUGGUUCGAUCCUUAUCGACGGUUCCGGUACCGAGAAAACGGCGCCUCCAAAUCUCUUGUUGAGAGGGUACGAAGUCAUCGACGAUGCCAAGACUCAGCUCGAAGCUGCAUGCCCUGGUGUUGUUUCGUGUGCUGAUAUUUUAGCUCUCGCUGCUCGUGAUUCUGUAGUUGUGAGCGGUGGAGCGAGCUGGGCCGUGCCGACAGGCCGCCGAGACGGAACGGUUUCGCAGGCAUCCGAUGCCGCCAAUUUGCCCGGCUUCCGUGACUCGGUCGAUUUGCAGAAGCAAAAAUUUGCAGCAAAGGGUCUCAACACUCAAGAUCUUGUCACCCUUGUUGGGGGGCACACCAUUGGUACUUCAGCCUGCCAAUUCUUCAGAUACAGGCUUUACAACUUCACCACGACCGGAAACGGAGCCGACCCUUCGAUCGCCGCCUCAUUCGUUUCACAACUUCAAGCUCUUUGUCCGCAGAACGGUGACGGGUCACGGAGGAUCGGAUUGGACACCGGCAGCGUUAACAGAUUCGAUAACUCGUUCUUCGCCAACUUGAGGAUUGGCAGGGGAAUUCUCGAGUCCGAUCAAAGUCUAUGGACCGACGCUUCCACCCGGAACGUUGUUCAACGAUUCUUGGGCAUCAGAGGGUUGCUUGGAUUGACGUUCAACAUUGAAUUUGGAAGGUCCAUGGUGAAAAUGAGCAACAUUGAAGUGAAAACAGGCACUGUGGGCGAAAUCCGCAGGGUUUGUUCUAAAGUUAAUUAACUGUAAUAAAUGUGGGUAAGAUCCAAUCAUAUAGUGUAAAAAAACCAAAAAGUUUUACACUGAUGAUGUAAUUUGACCUUGUUUGUUUUGAAAAUUAUGGAUAUUGUCUACGUUAAUUAAUUCGAUAAAAACGUGCAAAUUUAAGGAUAAUCAUUGUCAAAUGCAA